UAUCUCGCUAUUCACUUUCAACCAGCGUAUCAGUACGGUUGAGCCAACCAUAGCGAGAUCAGAGACCAGUGCGUCUUACCUUGUUACUACUGCAGCUUAGUGCUGAGAGAAAGGAUUAUCCACCUUCGAAGAUAGUGGCAAGUUUUGUGCUGUGAUGCUUUACCAUCAGCAAAGUUUUAGUGCCCUAAUACUGGUGAUAUUUUAGGCGCCAUUUGUGUGACACAUUCUUUUGGAGUGAAUUACUUUUGGGACAUUAAACCUUAGGGGCGCGGCAGCGAACGUGUUAGUUUUUUUAUGUCGAACUGAUAGAUUACAAGUGAGACAUCAUUCAUGAAGACUGAAGAAAUUUAAUACGGAAGCCUUAGAUAGCAGUUACGGAACCGGGCGUUGCUCAUGCGAAUCGUCUAGAAAAGGGCUCUGAAGGCUCACGGCAUAGAUUUGGCUUCGAUUCGGUAGCGAAACAGCCUCACAACGUUCUCCCUCAGAAUGGAUGUGUACUACAUGAGCGACAGUAUGCACUAUGGUUCCCUGCGGAGCCCGCUUUACCGAGACUACGAGAAAUUCCCCUAUGGAACGUUGGAGAACCCGCUCAACUCACCACCCAAAAGUGGCCACCAAAGGCAACAGCAGAACCACCAGCUAAAGAGCGCUUACAAUACGGCACAAGGGAAAUCCAAGAACAAAUCAUCCAAGGAAUCAUGUCCGUUCUGCAAGGAGCAGAAGAAGCGACCACUCGGAGCUUACAUGCGCAAGCGGGGUCAACGCAUCACCAGCGAGAGUAUUUCCGAGGACGUCGAGGAAUGCGGCGAAGAGCAAGAGGAGUUCACUGAGGGUGGUGCCAAUGGUUCGGUCGCAGGAAGUCCGAGUAACAAUGAGCUAGCUUCACACAACUACCACCCCCAUCACAAGCACGGUGGGCGUGAUGUAGUUAGUGGCGGCUACUCACGCCAGGAUUCCCAGGAUAGCGAUGGAAAAUGAGUGUGCGUUUGUGUGUAGGGCUGACACAUGUUAGCUUGCUAAGUGUUUCUAUCCGCUAUGCCUAUUUUAUAUACUAGCAUUAGGAGCAUACCUAUUUACCUAGAUAUAUAAGUUCACGUGGUGACGUUUAUGGAACCACAGAGUCAUUGUCAUUACUAAUCUACAGUUUGCCGGGCACGAGAAACAGUAAAUUAUUUCGGAUUUCAGUGGACCAAACCAUAUGCUGCUUGGAGAGACAACAAAUUGAGCAGUUAAUCGAUAUUGAGCAAAAGACUGAACAUAAUCAUAAUAACUUCGGUCAAAGAGUGAGAAAAUCAAAUAACUUAUUGAUCCAUGCAAGAGUCUCCAAUGGAAAAUCCAAGCUUGCGCCGGUGUACAAUUUUGCAAAAUUACACUGCUUCAAGUGGUAUUUAUUGUUUUAGAAGUCUCCGGAUUUGGAGUUUUAUAAACCAUUCGCGCAGGAAAGUAUUUUUACCGCUUUCUUCUAUUUUAAUUGUAAGUGUAAUUAUUAUACAUGUUAUGAAGCAAAAUUUGGUUCAUGUUUGAAUCGUGUAUUGUAUAGCGUAAGUUUCAAUGUAUUUACCCAGCGAAUUUUGGAUACAUCUAUUGCUAAUAAAGUGAAUACGGAAUAAUAUCGGU